UAGUUUGGGAAAGAAUCCGUGGAAUUCAUUUCCUGUGAAAGUUCUUGUGGAGGCGCAGAGAUGCAGAGACGCUGUGUCUCAGGGAAAACAUGCGGAGUGAAAUUUAACUAAACGGAUUUUAUUUCUGUAUUGUUUUUUUUUUCUUUUAUAAUUUCAAGCUCGUGCUCAGCAGCAGGGCGGAAUAAAGUCUGGGAAUGGCUGAGCCCUUACUGAAGCGGACCUUGUCCAAACUCAGGGGUAAAGACCGAUCCCGCCGCAAAACCGACCCCAGACUGAACGAUGGACAGAGGAAGACAGCGCUUGUCCACAGCUCUUCAUCAUCCUCGGUGACCGAGAUCGAAGAGGAUUUCACCAGACACACGCAAAGCACCGUGUCCAAAAAACAGAACUGGGCCAAACUCAAUUCCAUCUCUCGAGAUGUGGAGCAGCUCUCAAACCUGAGCUCGGUGUCUCAAGAACGUGAAAGCUGCUCAGACAAGGCCCAGGCUUCCAAACAGUCCUCUCUCAAGGAGAAUGGGUUCGAGUGGAAAUGGAAAGAUCUGCAUAAAGACGGAACGUACGGAAGAGCUAGCCGGGAGGCUGACAUGGCCGACGGUGCUGACCUGGCCGAGACAGGUCUUCCAGAGUUAGUAACGCCUCCGGUCACGGAGUACUGCACCUCCUUAGGCAUGGGUAAGCUCUCCGGUCAGGGAGUGUACCUUCAACACCUGGAGAGGAGUAGCCGAGCUUGGGUGCUGUCAUCAGGAAAGACCCAGGCUCCGGAUGAGGCCUACACAGCCUGCUUCACAGAGCGAAGGCGCGUGACUGAAAGCGAGAGCAACAUUUGGUACAACCCGAUCCCAGAGGAAGAGGACACUCGGGCGAGCGGAGGGAAGCUGAAGCUGAAGCUGAAGGAGAGGGAGAAGGAUGUACUUGAAGAUCCAUGGAGAAGGAGAGAGACAGAGGGAGCACCAGAGGAGCGGAGAGAUGUUCUUCAGCAAUCUUGUCACCCUGAUGCACAUUAUCUGGGUGGCAGCAGCGGAGGUGCUAGUAGUAUUGGUGAAGGUGCUAUUGGGGCUGCUAGCGGUUCAGCAGGCUCCUCUGGAAGUCCUGUAGCACAAACGAAAAGCUCAGGAGUAAUCACGACCACCAGCAGCAGCAUGAUGGAGAAGAUUAAAUCCCCCGGCACAGUACGACGUCUCUCUAUGAAGAUGCGCAAGCUCCCAGAACUGCGGCGUAAGCUCAGUCUGCGCUCGUCACGUAACCAGAGGAACGUUCAAGGACAAGGUGGUGGCAGGGAUGCACCAGAGGGCGCCGACGAGGCCUCACCACCCAACGCACGUAAAGAAUCCUCAAACAAUGUCAUCAGCAGGUACCAUCUGGACACCAGUGCUCCCGCAAGACCGAGGCGCCGAUCAUCACGCAUGCGUUCUGCUAGCAAAGGCGGUUAUCUUAGCGACGGCGACUCCCCUGAGCUCCUGCCCAAACAGGAUUCGAGUCAGGGUUUGACUGAGGGGUCUCACGGAUCAGGUCAAGAGGCACAGGAGUCACCACAGGCUCCUCCACACCGCGGGUGGCAGGAUGCAGUCGGGUCUUUCCGGCACUACUCGCUAGCAGAGCAGCCGAGGUCCGCCCAGAGAGUGUCAGGCCUCCUCACAGUGCAUCUGCUCGGUGUCUCUGAACUCGUGCGAUCUCGCACAGCGAAAGACGUCUUCUGUGCCAUCCAGGUGGACGGAGUGACGCGAGCCCGCACCUCUUUGCUCACCUGCCAGGAGACGUCACUUCCGCUAAAUCACACCUUCAACCUGGAGCUGGAGCGAGCGCGGAUGCUAAAGCUAAUCGUUCUCACACCAAGUCCUAACGCUGUGGACGGAUCCACAGGCCCCAGUGGUCAAACACGCAACCGGGUAUGCUGCCUCGGCGCAGUUGCAAUUCCCCCUCUGUUUAAAGCCUCCCGGACUCAGCAGCUGUGUGUGAAGCUAGAGCCGAGGGGUUUGCUGUAUGUGAAACUGACUCUGUUGGAGCAAUGGGAGGUGCCGACACCCCGCCUCAGCGAGCUGCCUCCCCCCUCUGUAUUCGGCGUGGAGCUGCGCCGCCUGGUGGAGAAAGAAGCCUGCGUUCCCAAAGUGCCUCUCAUCAUUCAGAAAUGUGUGGCUGAGAUUGAAAAGCGGGGACUCAAGGUUGUGGGUCUGUACCGUCUCUGUGGCUCUGCUGCUGUUAAGAAGGAGCUGCGUGAUGCGUUUGAGAAGGACAGUGCGGCCGUCACUCUCACUGAAGAGCUGUAUCCCGACAUCAAUGUCAUUACUGGCAUUCUGAAGGAUUAUCUGCGUGAGCUUCCAUCGGCGCUCAUCACACGGACUCUGUAUGAGGUGGUGCUGGAGGCCAUGUGUGUGAGACCGGCGUGCAGGAAUGACGACACACACAGAUCAUACAACACUGUCGCCCUGCUGCAGUGUCUGCCUGAACCAGAGAGGGCCACACUGUCCCUCCUGUUGGAUCACCUGAGUCUGGUGGCUUCCUUCAGCGACUGUAAUCUGAUGACAUGCCAGAACCUUGCUGUGUGUUUCGGCCCAGUUCUGCUCACUCCGACGCAGGACUCGUGGAAAGGGGCGGGGCCUGGCACUUUCCCAUCAGCCCCAGCAGGACCUGGAAGCAGCCUGGGAGGAAGAAGCUUCCCACAGCAGAGUAUGGAGAUGGCCAGCGCUGUGGACUUCAAGCGGCACAUCGAGGCUCUGCACUAUCUGCUGCAGCUCUGGCCGAUUCCAACAGGAAGCGUGACCGAUCGAUCACCCUACCGUUCAGAGGAUGAAGAGGCUCCUUCUCGUCCCUCCCAUAAUUCCCUGCAGCGUUGUCCUCAGCGCUCGGCGUUACGCGUGGAGCUGCCUUUACCACAGGACGUGGCAGUGGUGUCGCGCAGGGGGCGUGGCCGUCUGGAAAGCCCACCCUGUAAUCGCUACGCUGGUGACUGGAGCGUGUGUGGGCGGGACUUCCUGAGCAACGACGACGCAGAUUACGACGAGGUGGCAGGCAGCGAGAGCGACGAGGAGAAGAAGAAGGACUGGGCGUACACGGACGAUUUUGCGCUGGACUUUGACGCGCCGUUUACAUGCAGACUUAGUCUGAAAGACUUUGAUAACCUAAUUUCAGAUCUGGAGCGUGAACUCGCCAAACAGAUCAACAUCUGCCUCUGAGCACCGCCUCCACGUAAACCCCGUAUCUGCACUGCGUUCAGGUCAUUCAGCAGGAAAUACAGAAUUAAAUAUGUGCUACAGUUAGCUCAGACGGUGUUGAUCAACCAAGACAUGAAGUGCCUCUAAAUAUAGAAUGUGCUUUAUUUUUAUUUUUUUAAUUAUUUUUGCUCUCAACCUACGAGGAUAAUGUAGCUACAUAAUGGAAAUUCCAGUUUAGCGGUGUGAAAAACCGCAAACUGUCCAAAAAAACAAAAACCUCUGCAAUAAUCUCAAAACAGACUUGCAUAUACAGUCAGGUCCAUAAGUAUUUGGACAGUGACCAUUUUGUCAUUUGCCUCUGUACACCACCACAAUGGAUUUGAAAUGAAGCAAUCAAGAUGUGAUUGAAAGAAUUUCAGCUUUAAUUCACGAGGUUUAACAAAAAUAUUGCAUUAACCGUUUAGGAAUGACAGGUUUCUUUGUUUGUUUGUUUUUGGUUUUUUUUUCAAGUCCCUCUAUUUUCACAGGCUUAAACGUAAUUGCACAGUUGACUGAUAAGCAGUUUCAUGGCUAAAUGUGGCCUGUUUACUCAUUAAGGGGAUAAAAGUUCUGGAGUUGAUUCCAAGUGUUAAAUUUGCAUUUGGUACAGUAGCUGUUCUCAAUAUGCGGUCCAAAGAGGCCUUGAUGCAAGUGAAGGAGGCUAUCGUUUAGCUGAAAGAAAAGAAAAAAAUGACCUAUCGGAGAGAUGGAGUGGCCAAAUCAACAAAUUGGUGCAUUCUUAUGAAGAAGGAAAGCACUUAUGUACAUUAUGAAGCUUGUGUCAAUUUCCAGCUACUGUACAUAUGGACCUGAUUGUGUGUGUGUUAAUACUUUACAGCACAUUGUCAUGUUUUUAAAAAUUGAUAAAAGGACCUCACAGAUCUAAAAACAGUCAUAGCAGCCGCCAUCUUGAAGCAUCAGACUCCCCUUUAUGGUGUGGCACAAAAACAAUUGAAGGCUUAAUGGUACUUUUGAAUGAUUUGGAUAAUAUAAUUCACAAUUGAAUAUUAUUUAGGCAAACGUUUAGGCACAGUGCUAAACCGGAGGCUAUAAGUUUUCCCUGCUUGUUAGGUACAUGAGUCUUCGAGUAGCGCCAGUAGUAAAAACCUGAAGAGGCGAGCUUCAGACACCUUCAUGUCUUGGCUGAUUGGUGAAAGGGAUUCAAACGUGGAGUAUGCACAUAAUUUUAUAUAUAUAAAUGUCCUGAUGCUGGAAAAAUGUACUGCAGAUACAGGUGUUCAUGUGGGUGAUUUAAUGAUGAAGGUUGACGAUAAGCAGGUUCUUCUGCUUUAGUGAAGUGUGAAGUUAUAUUUAAUAGAAUGCCCAGACAGAGGUGUGUGUAGGGCAAGUCAAAUCCUGCAGAGUCUCAGGAGCACAGAGGUUAGUUUUCAUUCCCAAUACAAACACAAUACAACACACAUGAUUGGUCUAAAAAGGACCAAGUCGUAAAUUAUCUUCCUAGGGUUAGGAACUUUUAUAACUUCUGGUCUGAUGUCGUUAUAAUUGCAUUAAUACUCAAAAUCAUAGUGUUACACCCCCGCUCCUUAAAAUACCACAAUCAUCUCUGCUUUUAUGGUCAGGAUUCACUAACACUGCAGUACUGACGGCACUUAGUAUACUAUUUUAUUCUACGCCAUUUUAUUCUACAUUGCCUGGGGAGUUUCCUAGCUGUUUGAAGUUAAAUUAUAACAUGUCGCUUAACACAGCGCUCGCUAGAGGGCGCAAUCUCGUUUUAGAUCAUUAGUACAGAUUAUUAGCUCUGUUUAAGGAGGAAAAAAACAUGCAACAGUUCCGUUUAGAAAUAAAUUAUUUGUAACACAUUACUACCUUCAGGUCUGAGAGCAUCAAAACUGCGUUAAUACUCAAAGACGAUGUGGAUGGUCGUACCCUGUUCCUUUCAGGAGGCAGCUGCUUACAGUAGACGGAUUUCCAUUUGGAAAGCAGAAUAAGGAAAGCUAAUUACUAAGGUUCAUCUGUAGGCUUGAUCACAUUUAUCCUAUUACUACAUUGAUAUAAACUGCAGUUAUGAAAGGCAGUUUUUUAACACGAGCAGACUUAUGAGAUUUUAUUCACUGAAAUAAUAGUACGUUCCAGCUCGAAGUGUUUUAUUUCUCUUAUACCAGAGGAAUUUGCUAACACUAGCCAUUUUUAGUUAUUAAAGAACAAAAAUGUAUCCAUUUGUGAAGUGUCCCAAGAGUCAAGUUAGUUCCUGUUAUCGCUUAUAUAUCGCAUAUAUAUUAUAUCGCAGCUAUAAUGUAAACAACAGUCAUUCCUUCACCAGCCUCUUUCUUUUUCUGUCUCGGAGUAAAUCCGACAUGCGGCUUUUCGUGUUACAAAAACUGUGUCUGAGCUCCUGAGGAAUAAAAAACUGGUGUCGAAGCUACUGAGAGGUGCAACAACAACAAAAAGUUCACCCUACUGAGAUCGUGAGUUUGAAUACCUGGAGUCUAGAGAGCAAAAUUGGCUGAGCUGUCUGGGUGGGAGGGAUGGCGUAUUCUCUGUCCCCUGUCAUUCACAGCAACACCAGCCAAUCUCAGGUGUCUGUGAGCUCCUGGGUGUGUAAGACGGCAGAUAGCGCUUUCUUCCAAGUGUGUUACACAGACUUAUACCACAGCAAGGUUGAAUUCUCGAAUCUGAUUGGGCAGAAUGUGUGCAUUAUUUUUGAAUAACAGCACGAUUUGGACAGUAGUUCCAGCUGUGUCAUGAACGAUAAGUGAAUUUCAAUGCGUUCGUCCGAAUUUUUGUUUUUAUAGUAACAGCUUUCCUCUGAGGGUGUUACACAACCCUGUAGAACAACAUGAGCGGCAGUUUGAAAAGAUGCAGUUGGCUGGCUUCAUAUGUCUCUGGAAGAAGCGUGUGUUAACUUGACCCUGUCCGGGGAGAGUUAACUUGUUUUUUCGGGGGGGGGGUUGGGAUGGGUGGGUUUAUGGGGGGUGAUCUGUUUACCUAUGUAGCUGCCUCCUAAUAGUUAAAAGUGAUUUGUGAGAUUUCUGCUCAUCUCCACAAAUAAAGAUGUUUCAGUUAGGCUCUUUUUCAGCAGCAAAAAUUUCUGAACAAUCUCCUCUUCUCUACUUAUGGUCCGAAUUUACACUUCGUUACUGACUUAUUUGUGUCAUCUCCAAAUUGUUACGGCUAAAUCUGGAUUUUCCAUACAUGACUAGUGAUCUAAAACAGCAGGAAAGCCUGUGCAGUGCCUAUUUAUGCAUGUCUUCUUUCCCCUGAAAUAACUCUUCCCAUCCAGUGUGACCCGCCAGCGGCACUUGGGCCAAACGUUAUGUAAAGUUUUCCACUGGGACAUUCCGUUACUAGUCAAGUCUUAAUGCUUGGGAUGCUUUACCCGUUCUGUUCCUGAGUUCGGAAAGAUUGCCUUUUAUUCUCAUGCUGAUGUGUCUAUGAGCCAGCACAAAGUCCUAGGAAUUUUUGGUCUCUAGUGAUGCCCCCUAACCUCUGAGCUAGCAGUCAGGUGUUUGGAUUCCUGUAAUAUUCAGUAUUAGAGGCGAAACUGCAUUUUUGCUUUCGUUUAGAAGGAUUAGUUACUUAAUUUGCACAGUUCACGUUGAGCUUGUCAGCAUUUCAGCAAAGAAGAACGAAUGAGCAAAUGAAGAAUCCACAUUUGCAGGAUUAUUUAGCCUCAAAAACAAGCACAACAUGGAUCAGGACACACACACACACACACACACACACACACACACACACACUACUUUCUAAAAACUUCCAGACCAAAGACACGUUUGAUGGUUGUUUUGCACUUCUGUAUUGCGUAUAUGGUUAUAUGAUGUUGCUGCUUACUUGGUCGAGUGCAGUACACGGUGUUGCCGUUGCUGGUGUAGCACUGUUUCUUUAACAUUUGAGCACGGUACAUAUGUUUAUCCGACUGUGAUUUAGUUAAUGAAAAAAAAAGGAUAUACGGAAUACAAAGGCCAUUAUCGAGCAAAGGUUUGCUCAUCAUGCAAAAUUGUUGUAAUCAUUUUUAUUCUAUUUGAUGUUGUUCUAUACAGUAUUAUUUUGUAUUGCACAUUUACAGCAAGCACUUAUUUUUUUCUGUGUAUUAUGCCUGUUUACUAGUGUUAAAAAAAAAACUUAAAUUGGUACCUUUUAAGUACCCUUCAGUGUUAACCAAAUACAAAUAAAAGCACAGUAUUAUAAUUCCUAAACAAAUUUCUCAUGUCAUAAUGAUUAAAGCAGUAUUGUAUUCAA